UUUACGACUCUCGUCUCAUAGCAACAGGACGCUCAAGGUGCUGCAGUGCGGCAACUGGGAUGGCUUUAUUAACUACAGCUUUUCACGUAUAUCAGAGGUUUUCUAACUGGCGUUUGUUUUAUUGUUAAACUAAAUGGUUCGUGGGUUCUGGUUUAAUGCGUAAACAAGACAAUGACGCGGACGCCUUCGUUUAUGAUUAGCACUCAUGCUAACUAAUCCAGGUUUUGCUGCCUUUCUGGACUGUCGGAAAUCGUUUGCUUUGGAGAGGUAGUUUCACUUUUUGAUCUAAUUUUUACGGAAAAUAUGUGGACGUUUUUGUCUGUGCCCUUUUAAGUAAGUAAGUUGUAUAUAUAUGGAUGCCUUAACUUGGAAAGGCAUAAAAAGCAUAAACUGCGUAAGAGUGACUUUCGGAAGUUAAAUUUCCGACGGUUACCUGAAGGAAGCAAAUAGUGCCAUCCCGCAAAGUUAGCUCCUCUGGCAGUUAGCCGUUGGACCGCAAAGAUUCAUCCGCGGUUUUGACUCUGCUACGACGAGAUGAGCGGCUUCUGUUCGGACAACAAUAAUUUCCCCUACGACAACAAUGUCCUGGUGUUGGAUAUGGUAUUGGGGUCUCUGUGGGGAGUGCCUCAGCCCAUAAACUGGGAUAAUGUGGCCAAACUGGUGCCAGGCUUCACUCCUAAUGAGUGCGCCCGCCGAUAUGAGGAGCUGAAAACCACGGCUGGGUUUCCCCAUGUGGAUUAUCAAUGUAAUGACCUGAUGGGGGGAAGCGUCUCACCAUCUGAGAGGCUGCGCACCCUGCUGGAGGCUGAAGAUCUGGUCAAGAGAGAAGGAAGCAAUCAGAGCUACGGUAAAGUUACAGGGUCUAAGUCAGUCCUCUCUGGAAGGAGUGGCAGUUUGGAGGUGACAGAGAGGCAAGUUUCCGUUGAAGCCGAUGACAAACCUCAAAAGCCACGGGAUCUUAAUAUGGUGAUCCAUGUGUGUGACGAGACCAAGAACCUGAAGCAGGAUUUCACCUGUCCCAGAGAUCUUCUUGUCAAAGAGAUGCGUUACUUUGCAGAGUAUUUGUCUGUGGACCAACAGAGGUGGGAAGAGUUGGACAUCUCAGUUCACUGCGACGUGCAGAUCUUCGACUGGCUCAUGAAGUACGUCAGAAGGAACUCUGUCGGAGAGGGGAACAAAGACAAACCCCGUCUGGAGCCCAGCAAUGUGAUCUCAAUCCUGAUCUCCUCCGAGUUCUUGAAGAUGGAUACGUUAGUAGAAGAGUGCAUCCAGUAUUGCCACAAACACAUGAGCGCCAUUGUUGCGACUCCCUGCAACAUGAACUGCAUCAACAGCAACUUGGCCACACGGAUCGCUGAUCUCUUCAACCACAAUGAGGCCGACGACAUCAGGGACAAAAAAGAUAAAUUCAAAAGUAAACUGUUUCAGAAGAAAAUUGAGCAGCUUCUCGAUCCAAAGCACCAUAACAAAGAUUCACCAGGAAACGCCUCGACGCUCUACAGGUGUCGUCUGUGCCUCAAGCUUCUGACCAAAGAGACAGAGAGGAAGAUUUCCUGCGUUCCAAGGAAAAUUAACGUGGACAUUUGCGGACAGAUUAUCUAUACUCACCAGAGACAGAAGAGCUGGGAUGUGCAUGACUACAUCACAGCUUUAUAUGAAGAGCUCAAGUCCUGGGUCCUGGUUUACUGGAGAAUCUGGGGUACCAUCAAUUACCUCACCUGCUCACGAUGUCAGCAGGUGUUUGUUUGUGCAGAGCUGACCUGCUGCAAAUACCACCCAGAUGGUGUGCUGUACCCUGGCAUGGGUGCAGAGAAAGGCUGGCAGGAUGCUGGAAUAUACCCCUGCUGCAACCAGAGGGUUCUGCGCUUUGACCCCAUCGAAAUACCAAAGGGUUGUAAGAUGCGGGAUCACAUCGUGAAUUUACCAGAUGAGGAGAAGUGUGACGAGGCAACUGCUGCUCAGACCAGAGUCCUAAAUGACCUGCUGCUGCACAGAGACGCUGUGUGUUUGUCUAACGCAUCACCUGCAGACGGCUCUGACGACAGUUCAACAAGCGCAGAGAAAGCCCAAGACUGCAAAGAUCUCAUGGAACUAUCGCUCCUAGGUUCCCUGAGAAGAGAUGGCAGCCCUUUUUCCCUUUUCAAGAACUGGACUCUUCAGCUGAAGCAGCAGUCCCUGCUGUCAGAGGAGGAAGAGUACACCACAGGGUCAGAGGUCACAGAAGACGAGGUUGGGGAUGAAGAAGAGCUGUCGAAGAAACAAGCUGCAAAGAAGGCCAAAAAAGCGCACAGACCCCUGAAGAAACAGCUGUCCUCUUCAAACUUUCAACGCAAGGAGAAAUCUGAGAAAUCGCAGACCAGAGACAUGACACCUUUCACAGUUAGCCUCCAGAAGAAUAAGUGGGACAGCACUCGCUCCCUGCGUUAUAAUCAGGACGCUCAGAGAGAAGAAGAUCAACGGCGCAUGGCGGAGAUCAUCGGCCACCUGACCAAGAUGAGGUUUGGAGACCAGGAACAGAGUAAAGCCAAGGAUACCAAAGAGCCUUCAGGAGGGAUCUACGCCAAGCUGGAAGCGCAGUUUAAAGGCGGCACUCAGACUAGGCCCACGCCAGAGAAAGCUCCCAGAUCCAAGAUGCGUUACGCCCAGAUCCGAAAUACGUAGAGGUUCUGAAGCGGUAAAGAAGCUCCGAGCUGUUGGAUAGAUGAGGAGCCGUGAUAGAGGAAGGAUAGACGCUUAUUCUCCCAGCCUGGUUUGGACUCCAUCCUCCCUCCAGUCUGUGUAGAUGUGGAGCUCCAUCAACUGUCCUCUCUGUUGCUCAGCUGGCUGCAUGUUUGUGCAGCUGUGGCCGUUUCUCCACAAACAAGGGCAAACCCCUGGGUUCCGCUCGGUUCUUCUUGCAUAAUCCAGGACCUCCUAAACAUCAGAAAAACUGCUGCUGGACCUCAAUUGUGAUUUUUUUUAGGACUGAACAGUUCCUGCUUGUGAUCAGUUCUGCUGAAGCUUUAUUAUUUUAACGGACAUCGGAUGUGAUGAGACAGAUUCUUUAUUUGUAUUUUCUCCCAGUUCUGGUCAAGAUGUAAAUGCUUAUACCACUAACUGUUCUGAAUUAAAAACACAUGCAUAAAACAAUACAAAUGAG